GUCAAAACAAGUGAAACUCACAAGAUCAUUGUAACUCUGGUGACCGAAUACCUUGUUUACCUCUGGCUAUAAAAUAAAGGCUCAACUUGCUUCCUCAGCCAGGCACAGGAAGAUCCACCUGUCCUAGACCCAGCUUAUUCUCUUUGUCAUUUCUUCAUCCUUUCGCUGCCCUCACUCAGGCUUUCGAACCCUUGGCUGAGCUGGCUUGGCACAUGUGGCACCCAAUGCGGGGCCUGAGUUCGGGGGAACUUCAGUUGUCAGGUGAAAGAACGCUCCAGUGCAGCACGUGCAGAAAACAAGAAGGAAGUACAGGCCACUCCGUCAUCUCUGAAGAUGUUAGAUGUGGGGAAGUGGCCAAUUUUCUCCCUUUGUUCUGAGGAAGAACUGCAGUUAAUUCGUCAGGCCUGUGUCUUUGGAAGUGCUGGCAAUGAAGUUUUAUAUACUACAGUAAAUGAUGAGGUGUUUGUACUUGGCACAAACUGCUGUGGCUGUUUGGGCUUAGGUGAUGUCCAGAGCACCAUUGAACCUCGGAGACUGGAUUCUUUAAGUGGCAAAAAGAUAGCCUGCCUCAGCUAUGGGAGUGGUCCACAUAUUGUUCUUGCAACAACAGAAGGAGAAGUCUUUACCUGGGGUCAUAAUGCUUAUAGCCAGCUGGGCAAUGGGACAACUAAUCAUGGUUUGGUGCCCUGUCAUAUCUCUACUAAUUUGUCCAACAAACAAGUGAUUGAAGUUGCCUGUGGGUCUUACCAUUCUUUGGUGCUAACAUCUGAUGGAGAAGUAUUUGCCUGGGGUUAUAAUAACUCUGGGCAGGUAGGAUCUGGAUCAACAGCUAAUCAGCCGAUCCCUCGAAGAGUCACUAGCGGCUUACAGAAUAAAGUAGUUGUGAACAUAGCAUGUGGGCAGAUGUGCUCCAUGGCGGUGGUGGACAAUGGGGAGGUUUAUGUCUGGGGUUACAAUGGAAAUGGGCAGCUCGGACUUGGCAGUAGUGGCAACCAGUCAACCCCCUGUAGACUAGCUUUGCAAGGUGUUCGUGUCCAGCGGGUUGCCUGUGGCUACGCACACACAUUAGUAUUAACAGAUGAAGGCCAAGUAUAUGCUUGGGGUGCAAAUUCUUAUGGCCAGUUGGGCACUGGCAAUAAAAGUAACCAGUCCUAUCCUACUCCUGUUGUUGUGGAAAAGGACAGAAUUAUAGAAAUUGCAGCCUGCCACUCUGCCCACACAUCUGCCGCCAAGACCCAGGGAGGGCACGUGUACAUGUGGGGCCAGUGCCGGGGCCAGUCCGUGGUCCUGCCUCACCUCACCCACCUCUCCUGCACCGACGACGUGUUUGCCUGCUUUGCCACUCCCGCCGUCUCCUGGCGCCUCCUCUCUGUGGAACCUGACGACCACCUCACAGUGGCUGAGUCUCUGAAGAGGGAAUUUGACAACCCCAACACCGCAGACCUGAGAUUUCUGGUGGAUGGAAAGUACAUUUAUGCACAUAAAGUCCUUCUCAAAAUUAGGUGCGAGCAUUUUCGUUCUUCAUUGGAUGACAGUGAGGAUGAUAUCGUAGAAAUGAGUGAAUUUUCAUAUCCUGUUUACCGAGCCUUCCUGGAAUACCUGUACACAGACAGCAUCAGCCUUCCCCCUGAGGAGGCAGUAGGAUUGCUAGAUUUGGCUACAUUUUAUAGAGAAAAUCGUUUGAAAAAGCUCUGCCAGCAAACUAUCAAGCAAGGCAUCUGUGAGGAGAACGCCAUUGCUCUGCUCUCUGCUGCUGUGAAGUACGAUGCUCAGGAUUUGGAAGAAUUCUGCUUCAGGUUUUGUGUAAACCAUUUGACUGUAGUAACACAAACUUCAGGCUUUGCAGAAAUGGACCAUGAUCUUCUGAAGAACUUUAUCAGCAAAGCAAGCAGAGUUGGAGCCUUUAAAAAUUGACCCUCACCUGCAGGAAAACAUUUUUAGCAUUCCUGUCUUCCCUUUAAAAGCCAGAGAAUAACUUCUCUUUAAUAGUAUUAAUAAUGAGCUACAUUUGGCUGAAUACUUACGUUCUGUCAAAAGAGGGAUGGUGGUCAGUCUUCCCCAUCUGCUGAAAUCCAGAGUUGAUAUAAAAGGCAUUAAACACUCUGAUCAGAUGUGACUAAGCUCCAGGGAAAACAAUUAAAAUUCUUAUUAUAUUUACCAUUUCCUCUUUUGAGUCACUUAAGUUGGACACUUUUGGCAUAUUGGUCUAAGUAUAUGCUAGUCUGGUUGAAUGUUCUGUUAUUCAACAGGCUGAUAUUGCAUAGAUAAUGACAAGGAAUGCUGUCACCACCACAUUUUCAGCAUCCAGCACAGUGCCUUGCAUAUAGUAGGCACUCAAUUUAUUAUAAAUCUUAAGUAUGCCCUGAGAAUAACUUUUUUGUGCGAGAUAAAUUGAAAACAGCAUGCAUCUGUUAAGGUUCAUAUUCUUCUGGUGCAUUGUUCUGAGAAAUAGUGGCUAAUUUAGAGCAUUAAGUAGAAUUCACAAAAGGCCUUGGCAAAUAAAUUGUCAAAGGCCUAAGGGCUAACUUUAAUUUUCUAUUUACUGAGUCAUUGAUUUCGCUUAUGGGAUUAUUGAAUAUGAAGUACUAUCUUUGAAUGAAUAUUAUUUCUGGGCUCACCUGCCUUACAUAAUUGAAAAAUGUCCUUUGCCUUUGUGUUGAGAGAUUUGCCUCUGUAUAUAAAAAUGUUUGUUUUUCUUGUAAUUGACUUUUAUGUCCCUUUAAAUCAGGUCUCUUAACCUGGUACAGUAUAAUUAUAAAAUACCAGCUGAAAAGGCACUAAAACUCACAUUUCAUAUACAGCAUUAAGAAGAAUGAGAUAAAUUUAUACUUUUUAGAUCAAAAACAAGUUACCCAACUGCAAAAUAAAAACUGGAAUGAGAUAUAGGAUAGUAUCAGAUCUUCCUAAUACGUUUUACAAUAUGAUGUUAUGUAAAGAAAACUCUUGGAACUAGAAACCUUGUUCUGAUACUGAACUAUUUGAUAAUAAAGUGUUUAUUUGAAUAUAAUAGAA